AUGACAAAAAAUGAUAGUAAAUCAAUGAUAUCAACGAAAGUACUUAUUGAUUGUCUUAAACAUUUUCAAAAACAUCCAGAACAAUUUCCGUUUGAUUUACGUGCAAAAUUUUGUAAUUGUACUAAAUCUAAACAUUUGAAAUAUUCAAAAAAUCAACAUAAAAUAAAUACAAAGAAAAUUAUUCAUCAACAAUCAAAUGAAUUUCUAUCAAGAGAAAAUAAAUCAAUAAAUAAUUUAAAAUAUUUAACAACUAUUACUGAACAAUUAAAAGAUAUAUUACAACAAAAAUUAAAAUCACAAUUAAUAUUAAAUGAUAAUCAAAUAUUAUCAAAUUAUAAAAGACAAGAUCAAAAUAAUGAUAUUAUAAAAACAAUUAAUUAUCUAAUUCAUCAUCCAGAUAAAAUUCUAAUAAAAGCUAUAAAUCGUUUAUGUAAAAUUGCAACUAGUCAUUCUAUUGAUCAAUGUAAAUCAAAAAAUUCAACUCCAAACCUAAUCGGACAAGUUGAUGUAUCUGAUGGUUUUAAUCGAAAAGUAUCUUUACAAACGAAUGAACAACAAAUGUUUUCAGAACAAAAAUUUAUUAAACAUCAACCAAUUCCUUUGAUAAUGUUUCAUUUAUGUUGUCCUCCGGAUAUGAUUCCAUUGACAUCAAAAGUUGCUACACGACUUGGUAUUAAUAUCAAUAUGAUAAAUCAACAAUCACAGAAUAAAUUAAAUGAUAUGAUUAUCAAUAAUACAACAUCUUCAAUUAUUAAGAAUACAAAUUGA